UGGCCUCUUUUGGUGGAAAACAACAUCUCCCCUAACACCAUGGUUGCUGUGUUGCAUCACUUUGUCCAAGAGGCCCAGAACAGAAAGGCCAACACACAACGACGCCUUUUUGCCCUCCACGCGGCUGGAUUGUAUUUUUUAUUAGUUGAAAUUCCUGGCAGCAUAGCCAACCAGAUCUUACACCCAGUGAUGUUCGAGAAAUGUCUUCAAACCUUGUCUAAGUGUUGGCCAGAGGAGUUGGAUUUGCCCAGAAAAAGGAAAAAAAACCAGACCAAAAGCUUGAUGGGCGAGAGAAAGAAAGGGAAGCCGGCAAGAAAUGAAAACAUUCCGAUGGAAGACAUCUUUGAAGAGGAAGACAUUCAAGAAGAGAACGUUUACUUUUCCGCCAGGGAGCUGCUCGAAAUUCGCGAGGCCCUCUUCCUCCUGCUGCAAAACCUCCUGAGGCUUUUUUCCAAGAUUUCCCUGAAAGAGAGGCCCCAGUGCGUGCAGACCUGUAUUCAGAUCUUUGUUAAGCUGACGAGCCUGGAGCCCUCUACACAAGACUUCAAGCCUGUAGACAUGACGACUAUUUCCAGAGCCAAGUAUGUCUCCGAGCUUGCUUACUUCGGCCUACGACUGUUGUGUUCCCCACUUCACAGCCUAGGAGACAAGACUUUGCGCCAAGUGUUCUAUCAACUUCUCAGGGUCAUCCUGAUGCUGCCAGGGAAAGAAGGCGGCGUCUCUCUCCCCAUCCCUUCUCAGAUCAUCGAUGCAAGGAAACUGGCCCUCAAGUUCCUCAGCUCUCUGACUGAAGAACUGAAAGAAGUUGCCUUCCCCGUACUGAGGAUCUUGCUGCAGCAUAUUUGUGUCAAGGUUCCGGAUAAAUCCGAAUACCGGACCUACACAGCGUUGUCUUUGUCCCAGUUGCUUUACAAACUCCCUUGCGCUGAACAUGCCAGAUUCAUUGCUUGGCUGUAUGGAUACUCCCGCAAUAACAAGACUUCCUACAGGGUAUUUGCACUCGAUGUGGCCUUGGCUUUGUUAGAACAUCCAGAGCGGGUUCAGGACGUCGUUUUGACCGAAGAGGAGCAGGUGUUUCUGAAACACAAAUUCCUGAUUCAGGUCAUGAUCUUCGGCCGGUGUUCGGACAAAGUGCCCACCGUUCGCAGCAAAGCCCUGUCCAGCUUCGCUCAGUGCCUGGAAAACAAAGUUGUCUCAAACGUACAGGACAUUCAAGAGCUGUUGCAUGGCACAGCUUGUUCUUCGGUCAUGGAUGCAAACACCCCUGCUGAAACAUUCCUAACCAAUGUGGAAGGUCGUACCAGCCAUCAGCUGAAGACAUUCCCAACCUUCAAAACCAUCGAAGUGACCCACGAACGGGACUCCACCGAGUUUAAUGGAAAAGAAAUCAUGGCCAUCCUGAGGCAGAGAGCUAUAGACGAGAAGACUAAUGUGAGGAAAUCAGCCCUCCAGGUGUUGACCAGCAUUUUGAAGCACACCGUGGUCCCGUGUACCUCAGAAGACCUGUCCACCGUCCAGGAUCGUUGUCGUGAUCCGGCUAUCUCCGUGAGGAAGUUAGCGCUGCAAUCUAUUACGGAGCUCUUACAGUCACAACCGAAGAACCUUCUGAUGCAGAAGGCUUGGCUCAUGGGCGUCAUCCCCGUCGUUAUGGACUGCGAGACCUCUGUGCAGGAGAAAGUCCUGGAGUGCGUGGAUCACCUCUUGCUCCAGCAAAUGAAGCCCUGCCAUAAAUUCACGCAUCAAGACAAGGACCAAGUGCUGGCUUGGGAUCUCCUUACCUUGCUCACAAAAGAGAGUCAAGAGCUGAGCCGCUAUUUAAGCAAAGCUUUCCACAUUCUGGCUCAGAAGAACAAAUUCUCCUCUUCGUUCAUUAACGGCGUCAUUUCCCAUACCGAAACCGAGCGUGCCGCAGCUGCUUGGAUGUUAUUGGCAAAAGUGGCUGGUUCCUCACCCAAGUUGGACUAUUCCAAAAUCAUUGAUGCCUGGGACAGCAUCAGCAGACAGCCCGAAGCCAACCUGGAGACCAUGGUGCACAUCCUCAGCGUGAUUGGAAGUGUUGCCAGACACCUGCCUAGCAGCACCCAGAGCAGGCUAAUGAAUGAUCUCAAAUGUUGGCUGCAGGACUUCCGGUGUCCUUUGGAGGCGAUCAGCUCAACUAUCGAAACUCUGCAGAAGCUUAGCCAGGCUGUCACAGAUGCCCCAAAGGAGAUGCAGGAGCUGCUGAACAACAUGUGUGGAGAUCUUUUACCGACCUGUGAGCAAUACAUCUCAAAAAUAGUCCUCAAAGAAUUUGGCACGGAACAGCUGCAAGAGGACGUCUUGGUGAGGCACCUCUUCACCUUGGGUGAGAUUGCGCAGCUCUGUCCAGCCAAAGUGGACAAACGCGUCUUCUUGUUGAUCCAAUCCCUCUUGGCUAGUCCUGACAACAUGGAACAGUUGUCCAGUCCUCCGGAGAAUGAGGACCUCCCGGCGUCUCAACCGUUGUCACAAUUCCAAGGCUCCGUGAUGCCUUCUACAGUCAGAGCACAUGCCUUCAUUACUUUGGGAAAGCUAUGCCUGCAGCACGAGGACCUGGCGAAGAAGUGCAUCGCGGCCUUGGCUCGCGAGCUGGAGGUGUCCAAGGACGUGGCCAUCCGCAACAAUGUGGUGAUUGUGAUGUGCGACCUCUGCGUCCGCUACACCACCAUGGUGGACAGGUAUAUCCCCGACAUUGCCAUUUGCCUGAAGGAUCCGGAGCCAUUCAUACGGAAACAGACGCUCAUCCUCCUUACGAAUCUCUUGCAGGAAGAAUUUGUGAAAUGGAAAGGCUCUCUCUUCUUCAGGUUCGUCAGUGUUCUGGUGGAUCCCAAUCCAGAAAUUGCCAGCUUCGUCAGGUUCUGCUUGGUGCAUCUCCUCCUCAAAAGGAAUCCGGUCAUGUUUUCUCAGCACUUCAUCGAAUGCAUCUUCCAUUUCAACGGCUACGAGAGGCACGAGAAAUACAACAAGUUCCUCCAGAGCGAAAGGGAGAAGAACCUCUUUUCCCUGAAGGGCAAAGCCAACAAAGGGCCCCGGAUGCAGAUCUACAAGUUCCUCCUGGAGCAUUUUACCGACGAACAGCGAUUCAACAUCACCUCCAAAAUUAGCCAGAACGUCCUGGCCUGCUUUGUGGACGGCGUCCUCCCGCUCAAUAUGGAAGCCAGCCAGCUGCUCUCGGAUACCUUUGAGAUCUUGAGCUGCAAAGAGAUCAAGCUCUCGGCCAUGAGAUCCAGACCAGAAGAAGACAUCCAGCCGGAAGAAGAUGAAUUGGCCAUGGCCAAUGCCGUCAUGCAGGUGGCCCAGAAGAAGCUCAUUUCACAAGUCCAAAAGAAGAAUUUCAUCGAAAACGUCAUCCCCAUCAUCACUUCGCUGAAGAGCUUGUUGGAGCAAAGCAAACUCCCAGCGUUGAAGGACCUCAUGAGCUACCUCCGGGAGGUGAUGCAAGACUAUCGCAACGAAAUCAAGGAAGUCUUCGCCCUGGACAAGCAGCUGGCGGCCGAGCUGGAGUACGAUAUGAAGAAGUACGAGGAGCAGCUGGAGAGGGAGGCUGAGCAAGGCCAGGAGCUGAGCGUGGAUCGCGUGGAAGGCCACAACACACCGAUGGCCAGGCCGCCUUCCACCUUGGGGAGGACUUCACAUCCUCGGAAUCAGAUGGAUGAGGCCUCUCCGCUUGCCCAAAGCAAUUCUCCACCUCUGCGGUCUCCUCUCUCAGCUCUGCCUAUGUUUACCGUUCCCGGGCCGGAGCCACGAAGCAAAGACCCAGGAAUUUGUCCCUGAGUACUUUCGCCAUCCUCAACUCCGCUAAGAAGGCCGCUGAGGCCAUGAAAGUGAAGCGUGGCAGGAGCAUGGGCACCAGGCUGG